AUGGCGACCCACAAAUUUGACCAAGUGGACUAUGACACACGAGUCCGACAGACCCAAGCUGCCUUUGAUCUUGAUCUUUAUGGCAGCAACAGACUCCUGAGUGACGCCUUCCUCCUGAGCACACGGGGCCCCCCAGCUGCUGCCCACGUCCCCCGCCAUGCUGACCCGCUUAGUCGCUCCCAGAUGGAGAAAGCUGCACUGGGUCCCACCCUCACAGUCAGUCAGAGUCUCGUCACGGAGCAGAGGGACACGGCAGUCUUCUACUGUAACACCAACGCUGAUGAUGUCACCGUCCACUGGGUCUACAACAACUCUCCACUCGCGGUGAAUGAGCGCAUGGUGCUGUCUGCAGAUAACAAGACCCUCACCAUCCUUGUUGUCCAGCGUGAGGACUGGGGGUCUUACCUGUGUGAAGUACAGCGUGACUUUUCUGAGGGUCAGAAAAGUGACAUUGCCUCGCUGACGGUGAACUAUGGUCCUGACCCUGUGUCAAUCAAGCUGGACUCAGAAGUAGUCACUGGGGACGUGGUUGAGGUGAUGGAAGGCCAGGCUGUGAACUUCCGGGUGGAGACACAGAGUUACCCUCCCCCUGCCUAUGCCUGGUAUGUCCCAAGUGACUCCCUCCAGCCCUCCACCACAGAAGCAUUCUCCAUCCAGACUGUGUCCAGGGAACAUGAGGGCUUGUACAGGUGUCUGGUGUCCAACGCUGUCACCAACUUGUCCCGCCUAGGUGUUGUCGAAGUCCAAGUGCUUGAAACAUUGACUGCGCCGUCUAUCGAGCUCCCAACCUCGGCCCUCGUGGAGAACGCCACCUCCGUGAAUCUGACCUGCAAAACCAGCCACCAGAGGGUUGGUGUUCAUUGGUUUCUGAAGGGUCAGCUUCUCAGGCCUAGUGAGCGCCUGACACUGUCAUCCCAAAACAGAACCCUGACCAUCCAUGGCCUUCAGAGAGAUGACACUGGGCCCUAUGAGUGUGAGGUGUGGAACUGGGGUAGCCAGGCGCGCAGCGUCCCUCUGAAGCUCACCAUCAACUAUGGCCCCGACCAAGUGGACAUCACCCAGGGGUCAGCAUCUGGAGUGGUCAGCACCAUUGAGGUAACGCUCAACUCCAGCCUGACGCUGCACUGCUGGGCGGACUCCGAACCAGGUGCCAGGUAUCACUGGAUCCAUGAGCACUCCUCUGAAGUGCUUGCUGGGGAGCAGCUGAGCAUUGAGGCACUGAGGCAGGAGCAUCAGGGCACUUACAGCUGCACAAGCUCCAAUGAUGUCACCGGCCUGUCCCGAUCCGCCUCUGUCCUGGUCAUGGUGGUGGGUCUCCAGUCAUCCUCUGUGUCUCCUGGAGCCAUCGCUGGUAUCGUUAUCGGGAUCCUGGUUGCCAUUGCUUUGGCGAUAGGACUGGGUUACUUCCUCUACAGCACAAAGGACAGAUGGACCCGCAGGAGAUCAGCCAGUGAUACAACGAGCUCUAGUACCAUGCCACCCACCUCUGUGAUGCAGAGCACCCCGGAGUCCAGACACAACAAACCAAAGACUGUGCACGACAGCACGCAGAAUCCCGAAGGGGAGGCCGGAGGCAGAAAGAUACUGCCACCGCCACGUGUCUCCCCAGAGCAGUUCUAUGAGAAGAAACCUCCUUCAGCAGCUACUGAGGGCCCCAGGAAGCCAUUGCCUCAAAUCCAGAAGCAACGAUUGGUCCCCCCGGGACCAGACAGAAAUGAAGAGUUAAAUUAUGAGAAGAAACCUCCUUCAGCAGCUACUGAGGGCCCCAGGAAGCCAUUGCCUCAAAUCCAGAAGGAACAAUUGGUCCCCCCGGGACCAGACAGAAAUGAAGAGUUAAAUUAUGAGGUAUUCUGA